CCUCGAAUCAAAACAAACAAAAAAGAAACACAAAAAGAGAAAGAAAACGAAGAACACCAAACCCUAGAAACUCUGGAGCGGGAGCUGCCGCCAUGAAGCGAGGCUUGCCCUUCGGCCUCCUCACGCUUUUCUCCGGCCUCGCCAUCAUCGUCUUCACCAGGAUCCGUUUUGAGCACCUCAAGAUGGAGGCUGGGCAGCGAUCGUUCUUCGAAUCGGAGCAGGAUGGUGAACUUGUGAGGUUGCCGAAGGGGAUGAUAAGGUCUACCUCGGACUUGGAGAUGAAACCGCUGUGGGAGGACUCGCGGGUAGAAGGUAAGGAUCGGAACUGCUCUGCUCUCUUGGCAAUGGCUGUUGGUAUUUCACAAAAGCAGAAUGUAGAUACUAUAGUUAGUAAGUUUCUUCUUGAGAAUAUCUCAGUUAUACUUUUUCAUUAUGAUGGCAAUGUGGAUGGAUGGCAUGAUCUGGAGUGGAGCCACAAUGCAGUGCACAUACUUGCUCAUAACCAAACAAAGUGGUGGUUUGCAAAACGAUUUUUACAUCCGGAUGUUGUAUCCAUCUAUGACUAUAUAUUUUUAUGGGAUGAAGAUUUAGGUGUGGAGAACUUCCAUCCUGGAAGGUAUUUACAAAUAGUGACCUCCGAAGGAUUAGAGAUAUCACAACCUGCUUUGGAUCCUGAGCAAUCUUCUGAUAUACACCACCGUAUAACUGUUCGGAACAAAAUGAAGAAGGUCCAUAGGCGAGUAUAUGAUUUUCGUGGGAGUCUGAACUGUUCUGAUGAGAGCAAAGGACCCCCAUGCACAGGGUGGGUUGAAGGGAUGGCACCUGUGUUUUCCCGUGCUGCAUGGAGAUGUGUCUGGCAUCUUAUCCAGAAUGACUUGAUUCAUGGAUGGGGGUUGGACAUGAAGCUCGGAUAUUGUGCUCAGGGUGACAGAACCGAGAAGGUUGGAGUGAUUGACAGUGAGUAUAUUGUUCACAAAGGAAUACCAUCUCUGGGAGGUGCAUCUACUAAAAUGACGUCCAGCCACAGAACUCUGGAUCUAAGAACCCAAGUUAGAAGGCAAUCAACUGCUGAACUAGAAAAAUUCAAGAAUCGCUGGAAUCAAGCUGUGCUGGAAGAUGAGAAUUGGAAUGAUCCUUUUGAUCAACAAAGAAGAAAGAACUCAGAUGAUGAGCAUCAGUCAAUCUGAACCAUUACAAUUUUAAAGAAAAAGCAUUUCCACUUAAUUGUUCAUUCUGCCGGCGAUGACUUUUAAUGGUGCAACAAUUAUCUUCACACUCAUUCAUUCAAAUCAUAACUUCGGAUGCGAUACUCCAAUUUUCGCCGUGAUGGCAGUUUUGAUGUCUAGCUUGGAGAAAUACACAAAACAAGAUCAACUGACUUUCCUGAUGACUUAAUUAAUGGGUUCGAUAUUCCUGUUUUCCGGGUAGUCAUACAAAGCUCAUGAAUCCAUGGUGUUGCUCAGUCACGAGCUUUCGGCCAGAAGAGAUCACUUGUUAAAAGUUUUUACAGGAAUUUUCAUUCUGAUGAACCACAUUUUUAUCACUUGUUCAAUUAUCAUUCAGAAAACCUCAGCUGAAAUGUCUCUGUAACAUCUAAUUUAUGUUCAUCUUCUGAUCCAUGUAUCAAUCAAAAUCUUGUUCUUGUAUACAGUGGAUUCCUCUUGAUUAAAUUUCACAGGGAUGAAUGGAAUUAA